GUCGGGUCAAGAAAUUGACAAAAGACAAAGAAAGGGUAGACUCAGUCAAAGAUCAACCGAUUAAUCAAAACAUUUACUUUCAACUGCUUCCCUCCCGCGUUUCAUACGCAGUUUUGGUACUUGUCUUUCCAAUGACGUGACGUUGGAUUCCAUUUCAAUUGCGUCACAAUUUUGUUAAACAAGAAGAAGAAGUACUAUUCUGUUUUCUCGUCUCCUCCCACCACUUCUUUUCACCCUUUUCGUUCUCAGCUGCCGAAUUCUCUCUGAUUCCGUCUCCACGAAUCCUCAAAUCGAGCUUCCGGAAGUUUGUUUGUUUGUUCGCUAUCCUCGUAUGUGAACUUGCUUCUACUUUUAUAACUUACCUGGAGAUUCUUGUAUGUGGGUUUCUCUUGUUUGGAUUCAUGGAUCUGUUGGUAUUCUGUUUCUUUAUACUUGGGGGGCAGAUUAAGACGAUUUUUUAUGAUUCCGAUUCAAUUUAGUGUUCUUUAGUCCUACUUUGGAGCUUCUGUUAGGGUUUUUCGAAUUGGGUUUUUUCUCUUCUAGGAAACCAAUUUACUAUAUUUGUUUCUGGGUUUCUAUCAAUGGAGGCUGGUUUUGGAGGAAACUAUGGCCAAGUGUUGCCAGAUCUGAUGAAGGCAGCUGGGAAGAAGAGCAUUGAAUGGGAUUUGAAUGAUUGGAGAUGGGAUGGUGAUCAUUUUACUGCCACUCGUCUCGAUUCUUCACCCCUUAUUGGAUCUUCUGACAUUUUUAGACAUGAAAAUGGACAAAAGGAAGUAGUAGAGAAGAGGGGAAGGGAAGAUUCUAUGUCAAAUGAUGAACCCGGGUUUCUAAAUUUGAAGCUUGGAGGUCGGAUAUAUCCCAUUACAGAAGCUGAGAUGGAGAAAGCAGAAGGAAAAAACGGGAAGAAGAGCAAAACUGUAGCUAGUUCGAACCGAAUAGUAUGUCAAGUGGAGGAUUGUCGUGUUGAUUUAAGCGAUGCGAAGGAUUAUAACCGAAGGCACAAAGUCUGUGAGAUACAUUCUAAGGCUGGUUCCGCUUUGAUAGGAAAUCUCAUGAAACGAUUCUGUCAACAGUGCAGCAGGUUUCAUGAUCUUCAAGAGUUUGAUGAAGGGAAGAGAAGUUGUCGUAGACGUUUGGCUGGUCAUAAUAAGAGGAGAAGGAAAACUCAUACUGAAACUGUAGGUAGUAGUGGGAUUAACCUAGAAGAUGAUCAUGGUAACGGUUACCUAUUGCUUAGCCUACUAAAGAUACUAUCCAAUCUGCAUACUAACAACUCAGAGCAAAUGAAGGAUCAAGAUUUGGUUUCCCAUUUAUUGAGAAGCCUUGCGGGUACAAUUCAUGAUAGGAGUAUUAUAUCUGGUUUACCUUCUGGUUCCCAAGAAACGGAUAAUGUUAGAAAAGAUCCUUGUUUUCUUGAAAAGCCCAAUGGAGAACGAGUGACUGUACUUACUUCUACUGGUUCUCCAUCAUUUGCUAUUCCAUGCUCUCUACCGCCUAAAGAAGCUUCUUUAGGGACAAGGAUGAAUAAUAUUGACUUGAAUAACGUUUAUGAAGGUUCUCAAGACGAAAUUAUGGGCAUUGCUCUUCCCAAGACUAGUAGAAAUUCAGGUUCCUUGUCCAGCCAGUCACCAUCUAGCUCUGGCGGGGAAGCUCGAAGUAGAACGGAUCGAAUUAUUUUCAAACUAUUUGGAAAAGAUCCAAGUGAUUGUCCCCUUGUCUUACGGAAGCAGAUCCUUGACUGGUUAUCAAACAGUCCCACUGAUAUUGAAAGCUACAUAAGACCUGGAUGUAUCAUCUUGACUCUAUAUAUGCGUUUAGAUAAAUCUUCAUGGGAGGAGCAUUCCUCUGAUUUGAGCUCCAGUUUGACCCGCCUUCUAAAUGCAUCAAACGAACCAUUCUGGAGAUCAGGCUGGCUAUAUGCUAGGCUGCAGCAUCGCGUUGCAUUUAUGUACAAUGGUCAGGUUGUUCUAGAUACUCCUCUCCCUUUUAAAAGUCAUAAACAUUGUAGUAUCUUGAGUGUUAAACCAGUUGCUGUUCCUCUGUCGAAGAAAGCUAAUUUCUUGGUAAAAGGUUUUAACUUGUCAAGUUCCAGCAUGAGGUUAUUCUGUGCCCUUGAAGGGCAAUAUCUAGCACAUGAAACUUUCCCAGAAACGAUGGAUGAUGACGAAAUUCAGUGCCUUAACUUUUCUUGUUCUAUGCCAAAGGUGGUUGGCCGAGGUUUUAUUGAGGUUGAGGACCAUAGCCUCAAUAACAGUUUCUUUCCGUUUAUUGUGGCGGAAGAAGAUGUUUGUUCCGAGAUUUGUACCUUACAAGCCACAAUAGAUGUCAAUCAGGGACAAAACGAGGAAAUGGAAGCCAAGAAUCAAGCACUGGACUUCUUAAAUGAAAUGGGAUGGCUUCUUCACAGAAGUAAAUUAAAGACUAGUCUGGUUCUAGUGGAUCAUUACUUUGAGUUAUUCUCUUUCAAUCGAUUCAAGUGGCUUUUGGAGUUCUCAGUCGAACAUGACUGGUGUGCUGUAGUAAAGAAGCUUUUGGGUAUUCUAAGCAGCGGUUGUGUGGAGGAUGCUCGAGAGUAUACUUCCUUUGAUCUUGCCAUUUCGGAGAUGACUCUCCUGCAUACAGCCGUGAGAAGAGAUUGCAGGCCUAUGGUUGAAUUCCUCCUGAGAUGUAGCUUUGAGGAGGAGAAGAAUGUAAGUGGGGUCCGCAAAUUCCUGUUUAGGCCCAAUAGUAUCGGACCGGGGGGAUUGACACCACUUCACCUUGCUGCCAGUAGAGAUGGUUCGGAUGGUGUUUUGGAGGCGUUAUUGGAUGAUCCUGGAAUGGUUGGAAUCGAAGCUUGGAAGGGUGCUCGUGAUAGCAUGGGAUUGACACCCCAUGACUAUGCGUGCCUACGAGGAUACUAUUCCUACAUCAGUUUGGUCAACAAGAAAACAGUUGGGCAUGUUAUAUUGGACAUCCCACAAAAGCAGCUGCCAUGUAAAUUAGCCAACAGCUUGAACACAGAGAUGGAGUGUAGGCUAUGCAUACAGAAGAAGAAGAUGGGUUGUGGCAGGGCGAGACCACACUCAAUCGCUCUUUAUAGGCCAAUGAUGCUAUCGAUGUUGGCCAUAGCGGCUGUUUGUGUUUGUGCAGCUCUGUUUUUCAAGAGUAGCCCUCAAGUUCUUUAUAUUUUUAGGCCUUUCAGGUGGGAGCUUUUGAAGUAUGGCUCUAGCUAAGUUAAGGUUCUAGUUGUAGUGAUAAGUGAUAAGUAAGUGUGUAUACAUACUAAUUAUUAUUGUGUUUGUUGUUUAUGUUAUAAACUGUAAUUACCCACUAAGUCUUAUGUUCCAUCCCAAAAAAGAGUAGUUGGAUUGAAGUGGGCUUCUUAGUGGUAGGUUGGUUGUUGUAAUAGUCUUCUCAAGGAUUAAUAUAGCUUGUUCUUACAUGUCA